AUGGAUGCCGCACUGGCUGCGCCGCUGCCGGGCAGCAGCGCACCCACCGCCUAUGAUCUUGGCGCGGCGUCUGGUGGCCUGACAAGCGUCCAUCCAGCGGUCGCCGCAGCAGCGGCAAGCGCGGCACGCGUGCUGUCAGGCUCGCGGGACUUGCCUGUCGAGCUGCUGAAGCAGGUCUCUGCGCGCCGCCUGCCGAGCGGCGCUCGCGGCGCCAGCGCCAGCCUGUUCGCGGCGCAUGGCGCUGCUGCAACUGGCCAGGCCAGCAGCGGGGGCAGCAGCAGCAGCCUUGGCCCCUGGCAGGUUAAUGGGGCCAGUUCCAGCGACACUCCGGCUGCCCCGAGACCCGAAGUUGGCGGCGACGGCGGUGGCGACCAUGUCCGAGCUAGCGCCAGCGCUAGUGCAACGGGCACCAAGCGCAAUGCUGCAGGCGCGCUGCAGAGCGCGGAGCGCCGCAGGGUGGAGCGAGCCGCCAGCGGCGGCCUGGCACAUGAGACUGACGCGGGGCAGGCUGUGCCCGAACGGCAGGGGUCGGUGCGGCUGAGCGCAACGCCCCCAGCAGGCGGCGAGGCCAGCGACACCGGUGGGGCUGCGGCGGCGCCGGACGCGGUGCCGCAGCCGCAGCAGGACACAACGGGGUCGCAGAAGCCGCUGCAGGAGCAGGCGCAGGAGCAACCGCAGGCGAGCGCCCACCAGCAGCGAGCAGCGUCGCACGCGCAGAAGCCGCAGCCGUCCCGCCCGCCGCAGCCGCCGGCGUCCGCGGCGGCCGACCCUCCAAGCGAGGGCCUUCGUCGCAGCAAGCGCCUUCGCAUCGCGUCCGACUGCGGCGCCGGCGCCGGCGACGCGGCCUCUGCCGACCGCUCCUCGCGGCCGCCCGCCGCGCCGCCGCCGCUCGCCGCCGGCGCCGCUGGCACGCAGGGCGCCGCUGCUGCCGAGCCCAGGGUGCAGGCGCAGGCGCCGGCCCAGACCCAGCCGCAGGCCGAAUGCCACGCCCCCAGCGCCGGCCCGCCGCCUGGUGCGGCGCCCACGGCGAUGCCGCCGCCGGUCGCAGACCUCCUCCCGCCUGAGCUCGCCGCGCGCCUCAACAUCCCGCCUGGCAGCAGCAUGGUGGACGUCUGCGCGCGCCUCAAGGAGCUCGCCGCGGCAGGCGUCGUGCCGGUGCAGCUGCUACACCUGCUGCAGCAGCGGCUCGCGCUGCGCCAGGCGCUGGUGGCGCAGCAGACACAGCAGGUGGGCGGCGCACAGGGCGAGGCCGGCGCCGACCAGGCCGGCGCUGGCCCGGCCGCGCAGCAGGGCGCACUGGCAGGGAUGCAACAGCAGCAGCAGCAGCAGCAGCAGCAGCAACUGCAGGAGCAGCAGCAGCAGCUUUUGCUGGAGCAGCAGCAGCAACAGCAGCAUCACAUGCAGCUGCAGCAGCAAAUGCUGCAGCAGCACCAGCAGCAGCAGUUGAUGCUCCAGCACCAACAGUUCAUGCUCCAGCAGCGGCAGCAAGCCCAGCAGGCGGCGAUGGCGCAGGAACAAGCACAGGCACAAGCACAGCAGCAGGUGUCCGCACCUCCUGCGGCGCAGAGGCGCCAGGCGCCGCAACCGAGGAGGAGGCCACCUGCCAAGGGCCAGCAGGCCAAGGGCGCAAAUCAGGGGCCGCAGCCGCCCCAGCAGCAGGCGGACGCCGGCCAGGCGGGGGCGCUGGCGGCGGCGGCGCCGCAGGCGGAGGGCACCGGGUCGCCCUGCAGCUCGGCCAGCUGCGCCACCGCGCCUCAGCGGGCUGGGCAGGCGCAGAUGCAGGCGCCGCAGCAGGUGCAAGCGCAGCAGGCACUGCAGCAGCAGCAGCAGCAGCUACAGCAGCUGCAGCAGCAAGCACACGAGCUGCAGCAGCAGCCGCUGCAGCAGCAACAGCAGUUGCUGAUGCAGCCUAUGGGGCAGGGACAGAUGGAUUGGCAACAGCUGGAGCAGGCGCAAGCCCUUGAGCGCAUGGCGUUCACGGACCCCGAGCAGGCGCUGCUCCUGCAGCUGCAGCUCCAGAGGCAGCAGCAAGCGCGCUCCCAGCAGGCGGCGCUGCUGCAGCAGCAGGAGUCGGCGUGGCCCGCGAUCGGCCAGCAGCACCAGCACCAGGGGCUGCAGCAGCAGGCGCUGGCUCAGCAGCGGCUGCAGCUGCAGCACCACAUGCUGCAGCAGGAGCUGCUUGCUAUGGAGCAGCAGCGGCGCCAGCAGCAGCAGCAGCAGCAGCAGCGCCGCCAUGGCGAGUUUGCGUCGGCCAUGCCGCCACCUGGGAACCUUCUCGCCAGCAGCAGCCUCAACGCGCCGGUCCACCUCCCAGUCUUGAAGCUGCCAGACGGCGCCGCCGCCGCUGCUGUCGCAUACGCCGCCACCGCCUCCGGUGCGCCACGCGCCGCCGCCGCCGCGCCGGCGGGCGCCGGCGGCGCGCCGACGAGCGCGGCCGCUGCUGCGGCGGCCGCGGCGGCGGUUGGGGGGCCACCGCUGGGUGACAUGUUUCCUUUUGACCUCGAUUUUGGGGAGGAUGACGAGUUGGCCGCGUGCCUCGGCCUGGCCAUGUGA